CAACCAAGCUGGAGCUUACUUUUGCUAGCGUGGGUAGUUCCUACCUUACCCUAUCUAGCCUGCUAUUUUUUCUUCUCAUUUUUUCGACCGAUCUUUUCCUGCGCCUUCCACAAACACAAAAUUCGCAGAUUGUUUACCAAGGGAAAAAGGCUGCCGCAAUAGCCAAAAUUCCCAAAUUUACUCAGAUGAAGACUCAUUAAUGUAUUCAUGGCUAACUACUGCACAACUCGGUUCUGCCACCGAUACGCAUCUUCGGCGCAAGGUGGCAGGAUCCCAAGCUGUGGUUGAACUACCUACCGAAGAGCUAGACUAAAGACGGCUGUAUUACUCUACCUAGACUAACGUCCAAGCUCCAGAAGGCCAACGAACCGCCAUGUUUGGCCCGUGACUUCGGCUGCCGGUUCAAAUUCUGUACCGUUCUACAACGCCCGCCAAACCCCCAUAUCCGGCCACACCCGGGCGCACCCGCAGCGUCACUCGCCCUCACUGCAAAGGCUGUUUCGUUAAAUUUGCGACGCACGGUCGCCAUCGAUAUGGAUAGCUCAACAGCGGCGCUGGCUACGGCGUCAGCCAAGUUGGACGCCGUAGCCCAGCAGGGCUCCAGUUCGUGGAUUGGCUUCUUCGCCAACAUCAUACUUGGCAUCAUAUCGCUGGUGUACUCUAUACUGUACUCGGUACUGAAGCUCACCACAUUCUCGAUUCCCUCUCUCUUGUACACUCUGUUCUCCACGAGUUUGACUGUCACCAUGAACGCAACAACACUCAUGCUUAUCAUUGUUCUUGUAUUCUCCCUGGUCAGCUGGUUUGUAAGAUAUCGUUACCUCAACAUGUAUUCACGUCUUCCGCCUGAGCCGCAGAGAAAAGAACCCGAUGUGGAUCUUUUCCCUGACACACACCCAGGGGGAUCGAAACCCGGUCUUUCAAACUACCUGGACGAGUUCCUGAGUGCAAUUAAGAUCUUUGGAUAUCUGGAGCGUCCUGUCUUUCAUGAGCUCACGAGGAGCAUGCAAACCCGGAAGCUGAUCGCAGGAGAAACUUUCAAUCUCGAGGAAGAAAAGGGCUUCUGCAUGGUGGUUGAUGGACUCGUUGAGAUCUUUGUCAAAUCCGCUCGAACGGGACAGCAUCCUGUGGGUGAGAGUUGCUCCAUCGAUUCUGAUGGCAGUGAUGAGCAUGAGGAAUACCAGGCCGGCAAUCAACGCUACCAACUAUUGACUGAAGUUCACAACGGCGCCCCGAUGUCGUCGCUGUUUUCUAUCAUGUCUUUGUUCACCGAAGAUAUUAAGCUCAGACAUGGCGGAGACGAAGGAGGAGAACCAACAUCGGCAACUGAGACUUAUACAAGUUCCCGGUAUGGUUUGGGCAAUGAUUUCUCCGACCAGCGCGAGUCUACAGUUUCGGUGCCUACUACACCGCAGCUUGAGAGAUCCAGCUCACACGGCCCAACCCUGCACGAUGGUGAUGCAAACCCCUCAAUGGGAGGAAGAGUCCCUGCAAGCAUACCUCCCAUGUCACUGGACCCGCCGCUACAAAGCCGCCCAAAGCGCCCGACUACUUCACGUCACGCAACGACGUCGGUGCACCCGGAUAUUAUUGCACGCGCAACAGUGGAUACGACAAUUGCUAUCAUUCCUGCCAGCGCAUUCAGGCGUCUGAUCCAGAUAUAUCCAAAGUACACAGCCCAUAUUGUGCACGUGAUAUUAUCUCGCUUUCAACGAGUCACCCUGGCAACAGCAUACAACUACCUGGGCCUCACCAGCGAGGUUUUGCACAUUGAAAAGAGCAUGAUAGAUAAUGCAACCUGUCAGCUUCCUAACUUUUUGCGAGGUGACGCUCUGACGCGGCUGAAGGAGAAGUUCAACCAUGAGCGUGAACGCAUCGGCGAGAAGGAUUGCACCAAAGGUAUCGCAUUACACAAUUCUUCGACUGGGCGCCGCCGCAAGUCCACUGCCUCACUUCGAAAAGAAGCGGCUCUGCAGGCCAUCACACACGGUCAAAGGCCAAGCUCCGUGACGGCUUCCCCGCCACUGCAGCCGCGAGAGAGUGGGAAUAAACAUACGUCCAACUCAGGCGACCUCUUGAUGAACAUCCAGCUCUCACGAAAUGGUGGACGACGCUCAACAAGCAACAUGGAUCCUCUUACAAGACAGUCGACGUUAUUGGGGUCCCUUGAAACUGAAGUGGUCUCUCCGUUGUCACAACGCACAUCUAAUCCGUUUGAGACACGGCGUCACGCGCAUAUUUCGCUCAACAAGCGUGAAACGCGUGAUGAAGAUGGACUAUUCCGAGAGUCCAUCUUGGAGUGCAUGUUCAAGGCUAUUGGUCUAACUGCAAAUGGCACUGGGGCUCGCGAACCCGAUUCAGCUGAUGCAUCGCCGCGACUGACCUCUUAUGAUCAGAUUCGUCGGGGUGGCUACUCAUCACACAACGCGUUCGGGUUUAUCGACCCGUACGGUGGAUCUGUCGACGGUGAUGCAGAUUCGAUCACAUCCGGUGGAACAGGCCCCGGUCUACCUGUCAACCCCCAUGCUCUAGCUCAUGACAUGAGAGACGAAGUCGAGAUUGUGUUCUUUCCCAGCGGCUCAGUUUUGGUGGAGCAGGGCGAGCGCAACCCUGGUCUCUACUAUGUUGUUGACGGCUUUCUUGAUGUCUGCAUGUCAGCCGCAGACGAAUCAUCAGGCGAUAUAUUGAAAGCCUCCAAAAACGAAUCUUCUCUGAACAUUGGACCAGGGAACCAACAAGGCUCGGCUGGUAGAGAUCGUUUUAUGGAUGCCAACUUAGGACAGAGCAGUAGCCGUAAGCGGGCAAGCAACGUCCGUCGCAAUGUCGCCCUGAUCAAGCCUGGCGGGCUUGCUGGGUAUGUCGGUAGCAUCUCCUCGCACCGUUCGUUCAUCGACGUGGUUGCAAAGACGGAUGUCUACGUGGGCUUUCUUCCCCGUCAGUCCUUGGAGAGGAUCGUUGAUCGUUAUCCGAUUGUCCUGCUUACGAUGGCAAAGCGUUUAACAAACCUGCUACCCAAGUUGAUUCUUCACAUCGACUUCGCUCUCGAGUGGCUUCAGGUCAAUGCUGGCGAAGUCAUCUUCCACGGCGGCGAAGAGAGUGAAGCGAUUUACAUUGUUCUCAAUGGUCGUCUUCGACUUGUCGAGGACCGCCAGGAAGGUGGAGUUGAUGUACGUGGCGAGUUUGGACAAGGCGAGAGCAUCGGCGAGCUCGAGGUCUUGACCGAAUCGGCCCGAUCUGGGACUCUUCAUGCAAUCAGAAACACGGAGCUGGUCAAGUUCCCGCGCACACUAUUCAACAGCCUCGCUCAGGAGCAUCCCAACAUCACCAUCAAGAUCUCCAAGAUAAUAGCGUCAAGGAUGAGAAAAGUCGUUGACGAUCCUUCGACCUUUGUCGGGAAGGAAGGUGCAUUGAAAGCGUCAUUGAAUAAAAGCUCAUCCACCUUGAAUCUCCGAACUGUCGCAAUCCUACCGGUUACUUCCGGGGUUCCCGUCGUCGAGUUUGGAAACCGCUUGAUGGGUGCUCUCACCCAGGUAGGCACACCCAAUGGUGCUACUUCGCUGAGCCAGUCCGCCAUCCUCAACCAUCUAGGUCGGCACGCUUUCAACAAGAUGGGGAAGCUCAAGCUUUCUCAAUACCUAGCCGACCUUGAAGAGAAGUAUGGACUGGUGAUGUAUGUUGCGGAUACCAAUGUCAAUUCACCCUGGACGCAGACCUGCAUUACUCAGGCUGAUUGUAUCCUUCUUGUCGGCCUCGCCGAAGGCUCGCCGGAGAUAGGAGAGUACGAGCGAUUCAUGCUGGGAAUGAAGUCGACAGCUCGGAAGGUUUUGGUGCUUCUUCAUGCCGACCGAUAUGCCGAGCCCGGACUCACCAGGUCGUGGCUGAGGAACCGCAUGUGGAUUAACGGAGGCCACCACCAUGUGCAGAUGGCUUUCCGCACACAAUCCGUACCGAUCAACCCCACAGCCAAGAGGACGGGCCCCAGCCUGAAAGAAAGGGUCCAGAUUCUACAGGCCGAAAUUCAGAAAUACACGUCCAGGAAGGUCCGGCAUAGCCCUUUCUAUUCACCGGAUGCGCCGUUCAAGGGAGAUUUCCAUCGAUUGGCCAGGCGCCUAUGUGGCAAGUCUGUUGGGCUUGUCCUCGGAGGGGGUGGUGCAAGGGGCCUAGCGCACAUCGGAAUCAUCAGGGCUAUGGAGGAAAGCGGAAUCCCCAUCGACAUCGUCGGCGGUACAUCUAUCGGGUCGUUUGUGGGAGCGCUUUACGCAAGACAUGCCGACGUUGUUCCUAUCUUCGGCUUGUCCAAGAAGUUUGCUGGUCGAAUGGCAAGCGUGUGGCGUUUCGCUCUGGACUUGACAUAUCCCUCGGCGUCGUAUACUACUGGCCAUGAGUUCAACCGCGGCAUUUUCAAGACCUUUGGCAAGGCUCAGAUCGAGGACUUUUGGCUCGAGUUUUACUGCAAUACGACAAACAUCAGCAAGAGCAGGCAGGAGAUUCACACCAGCGGCUAUGCAUGGCGCUAUGUUCGAGCCUCCAUGUCACUGGCCGGCUUGCUGCCUCCUCUCUGCGACGAAGGCAGCAUGCUUUUGGAUGGAGGAUACAUUGACAAUUUGACUGUAUCACACAUGAAAUCUCUUGGGGUCGAUAUCAUCUUCGCUGUGGAUGUUGGAUCUCUGGAUGACGACGUACCACAAGCAUACGGAGACACGCUUUCGGGCUUGUGGGCCUUUGUCAAUCGUUGGAAUCCACUCUCAUCAACGCCCAACCCCCCGACCUUGGCCGAGAUCCAGGCCCGACUUGCCUACGUCUCAAGCGUAGACGCACUGGAGCGUGCCAAGAUGACGCCUGGCUGUGUCUACAUGCGGCCCCCGAUAGAUGAGUACGGCACUUUGGAGUUUGGCAGGUUUGAUGAGAUUGUACAAGUCGGUUACAAAUACGGCCUAGAAUUUUUGCAGAAACUCCGAGACGAGGGUGCGCUCCCAGUGGUCGAAGAGACAGAGGCCAAGAAGGCACUACGCCGGACCAUGGCGCCUCGCAGGGCAAGCAUUUGA